AUGAGGAAGACGCAUCUGAGCAAGUACCUAGAGCAAAGUACGGACAUGGAGCAAUACAGCAAGAAAGUCAAGAAAGUCGAAAAGGUUGGUAGGCAGGCAAGCACGCAAGGUGAAUGCGGAGAGAAGCUCUUUCCCCCGCUUACAUGGGCAGAUUCGCAGAUUCUAGAUCAAGCCACCACGUUGCGACGCUCCUGCCUCCCUCGUGAGGUAUCUUGUUCCUGCUCCUUCCUGUUCCUGGUUUUUUGCGUGCCGCCUUCCUCUUGCCGGCGCUUCGUGCGGCGUGCCAUGUCCACGUUGCUGAGGCAGGUGCUUCUGAACGUAACCUCAACCUCCUACUCCUCCUUUCUUGCCUACCUUACCAUCGAGCACCUCAUGUCCUCACGAUCUCCUUCCAAGGCCAAACAUGAUGCCCAGCCUACUUUAAUCCAUUGCAUCCAUCGUAUUUCAGUAAGGCGAGGCACCUCAGUUAUUCCUCCGAUGCCGACUCGCUUCCAACAUACCAAUACCAGAUCUUGCGUUGGCUGGUCCGGUCACUUGCCAUCUCUCCGUGCCAACAAGGAUGUUUCCCCUCUCCCAUGGAGAGGCAGAGACCGAAAGGAAGACGCAGCCGCUGCUACGGAUACAUACUCACUCCUCUUGACGACCUUUGCUCCAGGUUGUCUCUGUUGCGCGGCAUGCAUCUCCCUCUCAACCACAAUCGAGCCCAAACCAAACUUGACGAAUUCCUUACGCAGCACUAGUGUAAGCAGUAGUGUGGCAGUUUCCGUCACCUUUCCGUCGUGCGGUGUGCCACAACCCUCGUCUGAGGCUCAGAUCUUCUCAGAAUACCAGCAUAUCCUCAUCAAUGAUCCCCGGCUUGCCCGCAACUCAGGCAACAUGCUUGGUGAGGCCAGCACCAGUCCCCAACACCCCCGAUGCAGUUCGUGCAUGCGAAGGGAUGCCCGUCGUCGAUCAUCGGCUGCCAACAGCCACUCUUUCAACGUCGGACAACCCUAUCUGAGACCAUCCACUCCCCGAAACCGGCUCGUCAGAGUCGUCACUCUCGCUCUAGGUCAAGCAGCGUAUUCGUUUCCUGCAUCGAAGCACUCUAUUUGGCACGCUGUUAUCCUGCUGUUCUGCUCAGAUGACCGAGACAUUCGCACUUUGUCUUUCAUUUUCGGCAACUCCCAAAACACCGAGAUAAGAUACAUCAUCAGUCGCCCUGCCACAUGGCCCGCGGGACGAAUGCUCUGCUCUGUCGCCCUUACAAACAAGGUUCAGGGGCCUGCGAAAUUGCCCUUCCUACUCCGGCUGCUUCCUCAUUUAGAGCACCAAAGACCGAGAGACAAAAGAGAAAAGACGACUCAUCAAUCUUUCAUCAUACAGAGCUCAUUUUCCGAAGCUGCAAUAUGCCUCGCCGGUUUCCAGUGUUACCGGUCCACCACACCAUACGGAGAUGGUCAACGAAGGAUGUUCCGGCUCAUUUUGCAAACCACGUGUUGGGAACGUCAUGUAGACACAGAGGACCUGUUUUCGGGCUCGGCUACCCACGCUGAAUUGCGAAGCGGCCCGCUAGCUGACACGGGAAACGGUCAUGAUCGAGAUUGGUCGUUCUCGUUCUGCAAUCGCUGCACAAGAGUUCGGAGUACGAAUGCUCCCAUCAACUAUUUUCCGAAUGGCCGGGUUGACAGCAAGGGUGACGGGUCACGUCUUCGCGGACAAAAUCCUAGUGGCCCAGGAGUAUCCGUACCAGCCUCGGACAUGGAAGGAAACGAGACACACGUUGCUGCUAUGCACUGCAACUCCCCCGCUCGCAGUCCAUCGUCCGUACCAGCGUGGGCCGGUAAUUGUGCCGCUCGACUCGUUGUUGAUUUGGUAUCAAACGUCAACAGCACAUACUCACCGAGACACGCCACCGAUUCUUUCUCGUUCGGCCGAAGCAGCAGACGGGUGUUCCCUAGGAUCUCUUACACUCCAAGGACCAUACCAGUUCGCGAGGGAGCGAUCGAUGCCCACCAGCAAAGUAUCGACUACCUCGCCAGCUCACCUGGCUUAAGCGAUGGGCGGUGUUUCCGCCGUUCAAACUUAUCACGUCUGCUAUCGACCCGAACUCCACCUGCCCGCAGCACCACUGAGACUUCUAGAUUGGACUACGGAUUCUUCCCGACGACGUUUAUCGGCAACAUCCUUGUCUCUGGACUGUCUAUUUUUCCUUCUGGUGGAGGAUGUUAUGUAAGAAUGAGUUCUCGUGUGGACGAGCUCACGGAGUACAUGGUCAAAUGCCAUUCACCGUCUGAUACUGCCCACUCACGCGAGGGACUCCUCCCCGUUGGACCCAACUAA